AUGCAAUUCCUCACACCCCCUUCGUCCAAGCGGCGCCUAUGCGCCAGCGUCACGGCGCUGGUAUGGACGCUCUUCACAACGCUGGCAUGGCUGCCCAUAGCCGGAGCAGACAAGACCGCAGCGGAUUACUUCGUUCAUUCGAUGCCUGGUCAACCGGAAGGUCCGCUGCUGAAAAUGCAUGCUGGUCACAUCGAGGUCACGCCAGAGCACCACGGUCACCUCUUCUUCUGGCAUUUCCAGAACAGACACAUAGGGGACAAACAGCGGACAGUAAUAUGGCUCAAUGGAGGUCCCGGCUGCAGCUCAAUGGACGGCGCAAUGAUGGAGCUUGGCCCGUACAGGGUUAAGAAGGACGGCAAUCUCGAGUACAAUGCCGGAUCGUGGGAUGAGUUCGCGAAUGUGUUGUUUGUGGACAACCCGGUUGGCACUGGGUUCAGCUAUGUGGACACAGACAGCUUCCUACACGAGCUGCAGGAGAUGGCGGAUCAGUUCGUUAUCUUCUUGGAGAAGUUCUUUGCGCUCUUCCCAGAUUACAUGCAUGACGAUCUUUACAUUGCAGGCGAGUCCUAUGCCGGCCAACACAUCCCCUACAUCGCUCGCGCGAUCCUCGACCGAAACAAGCGCCCGAAUAUCGAGAAAUGGAACCUCCAAGGCCUCCUGAUUGGCAACGGCUGGAUCUCGCCCGCGGACCAGUACCUCUCCUACGUUCCCUUCGCCUACAAAUCCGGCGUGCUCCAAGCCGGCAGCGACGCCGCCAAAGCCGUCGAAAGCCAGCAAGCCGUCUGCACGAACCUGCUCAACAACGGCGCCAAAGACAAAGUCGACACCCACGAGUGCGAAGACAUCCUCCAGCGGAUCCUCAAAGCCUCGCGCGAAGGCCACUCCGGCACCGCCGAGUGCGUGAAUAUGUACGACGUCCGCCUGCGCGACACCUACCCGUCGUGCGGCAUGAACUGGCCCCCAGACCUUGCGCAAGUGACGCCGUACCUGCGCCGCAAGGACGUCAUCAACGCGCUGCACGUCGAUCCGGAUAAGCGCAGCGGCUGGGUCGAGUGCAAUGGGCAGGUUGGCAGCGCGUUUCGCGCGAAGCACUCCAAGCCCGCUGUCACGCUGCUGCCGAGCAUCCUGGAAGAAAUCCCGGUGGUGCUGUUCUCCGGCGACAAAGACAUGAUAUGCAACCACCUCGGCACGGAGGACCUGAUCAACAACCUCUCGUGGAACGACGGCAAGGGCUUCGAGCUGAGCCCCGGCACGUGGGCGCCGCGGCGCGAUUGGACCUUCGAAGGCGAGCCGGCGGGCAUCUACCAGGAAGCAAGAAACUUGACCUAUAUCCUGUUCUACAACUCGUCGCACAUGGUGCCGUUUGACUACCCCCGGCGGACAAGAGACAUGCUGGACAGGUUCAUGGGCGUCAACAUCGACAGCGUGGGCGGCAAGCCGACGGACAGCCGCAUCGAUGGCGAGAAGGGCCCCUUGGUGGCGGUGGGCGGACAUCCGAACAGCACGGCUGCGGAGGAGGCGCAGAGGAAAAAGGAGCAGGAGGCCACGUGGAGGGCGUACUAUAAGUCUGGCGAGGUGGCGCUUGUGGUCGUGAUUAUUGCCGCGGGGGCUUGGGGAUGGUAUGUCUGGCGAGACAGAAGGAGGAGGAGGGGCGCGGGGUAUCAGGGACUGUUCGGGGCGGAGCAGGCGAAUGGCAUGGCUGGGAGGAGGGACGGACCGAGGGGAGGAGUGGGGUUGGAGAGUUUUAGGCACAAGCGGCCGGAGAGGGAUGUUGAGGCCGGCGACUUUGAUCUUGACGAUCUGGGCGAGGAGAAUGAGCGGUUGAGGGGGAGGGAUCGGGAGAUGGGGAGGGAGAGGUACAGUCUCGGCGGUGAUAGCGAUGAUGAGGAUGACGUCGAUCGGAAGGGGGAGGCUAAGCUAGGUAACAGUGGGGGAAGUAGCGUCAGUCCAACGGGUCAUGAGAAGGGAGGGAGAUGA